CACAGAGGCUACUGCCCUACGGCGCCCCCCCGGCAGGCGGGCCCGCUCGCUUAUUCCGCUCCGAGCCGUGCAGCUCAGAUCCUCACCAACCGCGGCUGUGGGAUGCUGCGCUCGACGUCUACGGUCACCCUGCUCUCGGGCGGCGGUAACAGGACUCCCGGGGCACCCAGCAGGAGGGCAAAUGUCUGCAGACUUCGGCUGACUGUACCUCCCGAGAGUCCAGUUUCAGAGGAAAGGGAAAAGAAGCUUGAAAGAAAAGAGCAACAUCCUGGCCCAAGCAAUGGGGAGCCAACCAGGAAACUUCCCCAGGGUGUUGUCUAUGGCGUGGUGCGAAGGUCAGAUCAAAACCAGCAGAAGGAAAUGGUGGUGUAUGGAUGGUCCACCAAUCAGCUGAGAGAAGAGAUGAACUACAUCAAAGAUGUGAGAGCCACUCUGGAAAAAGUAAGGAAGCGAAUGUAUGGAGACUACGACGAAAUGAGACGGAAAAUCCGACAGAUCACCCAGGAACUGUCGGUUUCACAGGCACAGAAGGACUAUCUGGAGAGUCACAUCCAAACACAGUCAUCGGCCCUGGACAGCUUUAAUGCCAUGAACUCGGCUUUGGCGUCAGACUCCAUUGACCUGCAGAAAACGCUUGUGGAUGUUACUUUGGAAAAUAGCAGCAUUAAGGAUCAAGUCAGAAAUUUGCAGCAGACGUAUGAAGCGUCCAUGGACAAGCUGCGGGAAAAGCAGAGGCAGUUGGAGGCAGCACAAAUGGAGAACCAGCUGCUGAAAAUGAAGGUGGAGUCCUCCCACGAAGCCAACGCUGAGGUGAUGAGGGAGAUGACCAGGAAGCUGUACAGCCAGUACGAGGAGAAGCUGUAUGAGGAGCAGCGGAAGCACAAUGCCGAGAAAGAGGCGCUCCUGGAAGAAACCAAUAGUUUUCUGAAAGCGAUUGAAGAAGCCAAUAAAAAGAUGCAGGCGGCAGAGAUCAGCCUAGAAGAGAAAGACCAGAGGAUCGGGGAGCUGGACAGGCUGAUCGAACGCAUGGAAAAGGAACGCCAUCAGCUGCAACUACAGCUCCUGGAGCAUGAAACUGAAAUGUCAGGGGAAAUAACUGAUUCUGACAACGAAAGGUAUCAGCAGCUGGAGGAGGCGUCUGCCAGCCUCCGGGAACGGAUCAGACAUCUAGAUGACAUGGUGCAUUGCCAGCAGAAAAAGGUCAAGCAGAUGGUUGAGGAGAUCAUGUCACAUGAGCUCUUCUCCAGAUUUAGUCUCCGGCUCUUUGGAAGAUGACAAAAUGGUAGCCUGCCCUGGGUUGGAAGCGAUUCCUUUUAUUGUCGUGAUUAGAAGAACACUUGUACUCUCUCUGCUGGGAAGAGGUGGCAUGUGUCUGAUGAGCUGAUGAACAAACAGGAAGGACAUGCUAUUAGAAGGAAAACUUGACCAUGUAGGGCUCUUAAUUGUGAAAGGACCAUUUUUGUGUAUCCUCAACUUGUACAGCCUCACACUUCCAGAGUCACAAGAACUCCAAGAUCCACAGAGUAUUUUUAGAAACUUGGGUUCCUAGACAUCAAAGAAGGAGCUGCGAUGAAAAACAGCACUAAAAUAUAAUUCAGAAAGUGCCAGGUGGAGGCUGGUCCUAAGAUCGUGGACGGUGGAGCCUCACGCGUGGAAACGCUGCCAAGUGCACCCGCUAAGGAGAUGGGAACUGGGCUGGAAGACCUCCAGUGCUCCGGGAAGGAGGUGCUCCCCACCAGAUCGCACCCCAGAAAUUGCAGAAGCGGCUGAGUAUCCAUGUAGUUUGAUUAUGUUUGUGUCUGAGAGGUGGCCCCGUGGAUGUCUCACUGAAUGGAGAUCAACAGCACUAGCCAACUUAGCCCUCUUCUCGAUUGUUUAAGAAGUUCGGUUGGCUUCUAUCACCACAAGCCUUUUGCUUGACCAGACAGUUCAACUAACUUCAUGAAAAGGAGAAUUAUAUCUGAUGAAGAGAGAAAUAUAUUCAUCAAAAUAUAUUGAAGUGAAAUACACAUACUUCAUACCUGCUUUAUUUUUCUGCGGGUCUUCUUGAGACAGCCACUGGGGCUGAUAUCUCCUCAAAAUUUAGUGUUGCUGAAAUCUAGUUAGUAGUAGCAGUAGCAGCAGGGGUGGUAAUAGUCCUUGGGUGGUAUUUGCCCAUGUAGGCUAGUAGACUGGUCUAAUCAAGUGAGUUCAUUAAGGGGAUAAGACUCAAUUAGAUGUUGGGUCCUUCUCUGCUCUCACCACUUCUUCCUGGCAAGUGGACAGGCAGAUGCUUUCUUGUCAAUAGUUGUCUUUGAUCUUUCGUUGAGUCGCUUCUGUUCAGCUUAAGUAAAUAGGCAGAGAAUGAGAAAGGAAGCAGAUGAAUAAUUUUCUGUAUUAGUAAGGAACUGUUAAUGCAGUUAACCUGUGUUGGUAUUCUGUUCAAGUGAAGGUCCCCAGAUGCUCUGCUGGGUAUCAGACUUCUGCCAGGGAGAUGUGAGUCAGAUCUGAGAAUUGCUAAUCUACAUGUCUCUAGUGUCGUGACCUACACCAUUUAUAGGGAUACGUAUGUUCACUUCCCUCAUAUUUUUCUAAGUCUCUGGUGGAAAAGUUCCUGGCAUUUGUUCUAGUGGAAUAGAUUUGUUACCCAGCUUCAAAAAAAAUGAAAUAGUAUGCAAUGGAAAUGUGAUAACUUGUAGAGGAAGUGGGCCACCAUGUCAGCCACUCUCCCAGGACCUUGUGCUCUCCUCCUGCCCUUGGAGACUCAUCCCCCUUUUGGGUGACAGGCAGUGAGUUGAGUACCUGGAGGCCUGAUGGGCUUUAUUCUGUGGUACAGAGUGUGGGUGAGGUGCCCAGCCUUUCCGCAGGCCCCUGAGAGUGCCUCCAAAAUUUUACACCCUUGGCACCUCACGUGCCUCCCUGAGAACUGGCGCUUGGUCUAGGCUAGCUGGCGACCUCCUUGACCAGGGUCCCCACCUGACAGGGCCUCCCUCCCCCUGCUCCUCCCUCCUUGCCUUUGCCUGUGUCCCUCAGUUCACCCUUUCCUGCCAGGAUUGGGAUACAGUGUGAACUUAACAAAUGAUGUUGGUGCUGGGUCCAUUGACUGCAAAACCAGCAUUUAUUCUUUACUGCUUCUUUUUUUUUUAAUUUGCAACAAUUUUAAAUACAGAAAAUUAUAGAGACUGAUAAAAACAAAAACCCUGGCACUCACAUGUAGAAUUGACAGAUGUUAACGUUUUGGCAUAUUUCAGAUCUUUUCAAAUAAAAGAAAACAUUACAGACAAAGAGGAGGCUCUCUUUUUUCUCCUCCCCAGUUCUGAUAUUUUUCCUCCCUCCCCCUUCCUCCCUCUUCAGAGGCAGUUUGGUCUCUAUGCAGACCAUGUGUUGAUGCUUUUACUACCUACAUAUUUGUCUAUUACGAGUAUACAGCUUAGUUUAUGUUUAAACAUGUAUGUAAAUUUUUAUUCCUAAUAUGUAAAUAAGCAAAGAUAUAUAUAUUAUAUAGCAACUUCUUUAUGGUGUUACAUAUAGAAUAAAUUAUUCCUUAUAACUGUCUAAUUAUCCAUUAUAUGAAUAUAUUGUAAUGUAUCCUAUUGAUAGACAUUUAGUUUUUUUUCUAAAUUUUUAUUUUUACAAACAAUACUAAACAUGUCUCAGUGCUUCUCUGACUGGGGACUAUACUUAGAGGAGGAUGCCAGGGCCUGGGUGUAGGCACAGUUUCACUCUGCUUGAUGCUGCCCAGUUGCUCUCCAAAGUACACAGGCACUGCCACUCGUCACGCGUGAGAAGGCCGAGUCUCCACAUCCUCCCCACCUCCUGGCACUGGUGGACUGUAAUUUUUGCCAUUGCGAAAUGGUAUCUCUUCAUUUUGAUUUGAAUUUGCGUCAGCCUGAUUACUGCUCAUUAGCCUGUCUUCCUAAGCUUAGGUUAUGACUCUUCAGGCCUCCAACCUUAGGAAUUGGCUGUUCAUAUCUUUGUUUAUUUUUCUCUUUGGUUGUUUGUCAUUUUUUUCCUGUUGAUUUGUAGGAACUCUGUAUACUAUCAAUAUCAUUUAUCAAAAAAUAUUUCAAUGCCAUUAUCUUCUUUGAGUCAAUGUUUUUUGUUUGUUUAUGAUGUCUUGUAUAUUAUAGUUUUUUAAUUUUGACAUAAAGUUAUGAAUGUUUUUAUGCUGUAUUGUGUGUCUUGUUUAUUUGUCAUGUGGGGUUUUUUGGUAAUAGUUUUAGAGCUUUGUUUUUAUCUGUAGGUCUUUAAUUAUAGCCCUCCCCUCCUGUCCUCUGCUCAUACCUCCAUCCUCCUUCUUACUCUUUCUCCACAGCUCUCUGUCCCGUUAGCGUGUCCUAUAUCCUACACUUACCUGUUCUGCUUAUUUAUGAGUUUUCUAUUACCUUCCACCAGAAUGUGAGCUCCCUGCGGGCAGUGGCUUUUGUUUGUUUGUUCCCAGCUGUGUCUCUAACACCUGGAAUAGUCACUGGCAUAU